GAUUUAGAUAAACACUCACUGAAGACAACCACUAAUAACAGUAAUUAAAACAACAAUUACUUAAGAUGACGAUUAACAUCAAAUGUUUGAAUGCUAUUUCAGCCCAUGUCUUUUAUUGGUCACAGAUGUGCCUUAAAGUUUGUUCUAAAGUCUGUUUAUAAUGUAGUUUAGUCACACAAAGUAAAUGUUGGCACUGUACUCAGAGAACAAUCAUAAUAUUCUUUGUGAAGAUAUGAACAUCUAUUUUCUAACUGCAUUUUACUUUUAUGCAAAUGUCGGAAAGUCCAAAUUCAUUCAAGCAUAAAUCCUGACUGUGAGAAAAACAAGACACCACUGUGCCAGAACAAUAGCAGCGAAGACAGGAUCAGUGUUUGUAAAGAGUUUUACUUGGGAUGUUUCAGUAUUCUUUUCUUCUAAUCUCUGGAUCAAACAUUUGUGGACACAAUGGGCGCGCUUACAAACUUUCUGCUCUUGAGCUUUUUUGUGGGUAUUGUUGAAAAUAGGGUGACUUUAGAGGCGGACAAGCCCUAUUUGAGGGUUCGGGUGUUUCACACAGCUGAGCUGAGGUGCUGCUACGCCUCUCAGGAGUCAGUGAAAAUCACUUGGAUCAAACAACCUGCAAACCAAACCAAAGGUCAUCAUGAGGUGGAGGCUUCAGACCGUGUGACGGCUGGCAAGGAAAAAUCGUGUGGCAUCCUAACUUUCAAAGAAGUCCAUCUGAAUGACUCUGGGAUGUACGUAUGUCUCCUGGACGACAGCAAAGACCCCAGUGUCAGUUCCCCAGUGGCCUCGCAUGGCACCUACCUGCAGGUCUACAAGCUGAUGAAGAAGACCAUAAACCUCCGUGAAAGCACCAAAAACAAGAUCCUGGUAGCUGAGGGAGUCAUUCUGCUGCUGUGUGUGCUUGUGCCUUCUUUUACCGUGCUCAUCAAGUCAAAGAGAUUAAGUCAACUGGAAAAGAAGAAAGCCAAGAAGGAAGAGGAAAACAUCUAUCAGGGGCUAAAUCUGGACGAAUGUUGGUCCACAUACGAUCAGAUCGAACGCUCCCAGGCACAUGGCCCGUACGAGGAUGUGGGCAAUGGUAAAGAGGAAGAGGAGCAGAUCCAGCUGGAGAAACCCUGAAGGAAAGGGGGGAGAUAGAGAAAGAAAGAUUGUUGGGUUGUUUCUGAGAGUUGAAGUUGAACCUGAAUAUCUGGUUUAUUCUUUACCACACAUAUUUGGAGUGUUGUGCAUAGCUUGCAGUUACAGUUUUAGCAUCUGAUAGCAUUUUGUUUAAUCAGCGUGUUUAAUUUGAGAUUGAAUAUUGAUUUUUGACCUUGUAAACAGCAGUUGACAAAACAGUUUCACCACACGGUCCACUGAGUCAGGGCUGUAGCAAGGAUUAUAGAGAUGUUGAGGUCAGAAGAUAAUUCUGUGUUUGAAACAUCCAGCUGUAUCUUGUUCAAAUGAUGGGCAUUUAAACAGGUAAGAGUGUUGUUAACUCCUCUUUCUUGACAUCAAAUUGUAAAAUUUUACGAAGCUGAGUCUAUAAAAUAAUGGUUUCUAUCUUUUUAUAUACCUUAUAUCUGUAAUCUAAAAUUUAAAAAAUGGAAAAUAUCCUUGAGGUCUCCCAAAAACCACAGAGGACACACCCUCUGUGUCUUUAGCAGCUCUGCACUCAGUAGCUCUCCUAAGCUUUUGAACAUCCUCAGCAAAUUCAGGCCACUGUCAUCGAAUCAGUUUUAGCUUCAUUUUUUAAAGCCAGUAUAGACCAGGCUUUAUUAAAAUGCUCUGACAACUGGGAAAAUCCAUCUGAAGAUGCUAUUGACAGCUCCAGACCAGCUUCUGAGUGGAGCUGAUGGUGAGAUUGUUUUGUUGUCAGCCACGUUAAUGCUCAUUAAGAAAAUCUAUAUAAUACUUUUCUUGCAUCUUACUGAAUGGUUUUAUGAUGUGUGGCAAUGUAUCUGCUUUGUGCCAUUUCUAUGAUUGCUCAAAGAAUAAAGAUGUAAAAAAACCC